UUUCCAUUUCAUUUCCUUUGCUAAUAAUAUUCCGUCUCUUUCCGCCAAAUAAUUUCCUCCUUCUUUCUCGCCUGGAUUCUCCGGAAUUAUUUCACUGCUUCAUACAUUUCCCAGAUAAGUUUUAUGUUUCCGAUUUUGCAUCUCCUGGCCAAAAACGCACGACUAUAAUUGAUGUUUCUUUCUGCUUAUCACGCAUACGUUUUAGCUUAAUCGGCUGUCUUUCUUCUUUCUGCAUUGCGGUUUUUGUUCUUCAAUGAAUGCUAUAAAUUCUGAUUCCAAGAGAGCUUAAGAAUCUCUGCUUAGUAUGCCCUAUUUGAGUUUCUGGGGAAUUUCAGGAUCGUUCUAUCCUUUUUAGAGGGUUUAAGAAUUGUUUGUGGGAUUUGAUUCUCUUCCUCGUAAUAAAGUUGGUUUGGAUUCGUUUUCUCUGGCGUGUAGUUGUAGAAACUAAGUCUUCUGGUCCGAUCUUGGGUUUUCAAUGGGGAAGCAAAGUGGGAAGAAAAAGAAGCAGAUUGGUGAUAAGUUUCGUGAGGUCAUAGCGAAACAUCGCCAAAGUGGAGAUGGUAGUCCAAGCAAUAAUGACAAAGACCAUGCUAUUUUCAUUACCAUGUCUCUGGCUUUGAAGGAAGAGGGGAAUAGAUUGUUUCAGGCUAGAGAUCUUGAAGGAGCAAUGUUGAAAUAUGAAAAGGCUCUCAAAUUACUUCCUAGAAAUCAUAUAGACGUAUCUUAUCUUAGGAGUAACAUGGCGGCUUGCUAUAUGCAAAUGGGGAUUAGCGAGUAUCCUCGAGCGAUUCAUGAGUGCAAUUUGGCUCUUGAAGUUACACCCAAGUAUAGUAAGGCGUUGUUGAAGCGAGCUAGAUGUUAUGAGGCGUUGCAUAGGCUGGACUUGGCUCUAAGAGAUGUUAAUACAGUUUUAAACAUGGAGCCAAAUAAUAUCAUGGCCUUAGAAAUAUCAGAGAGACUUACAAAGGCACUUGAGACGAAAGGAUCUAAGGAAGACGAUGCUGAGAUCAAGCUGCCUCUUGAUUUUGUUGAAUUGCCUGCUGAAGUGUUGCCGCAAAAAGGAUCAAAAGAAAAGAACCGAAAGAAGAAGAACAACCAAAAGACUAAGGAAACCAUAAUUGAGAAAAAGGCUGAUGAAAUUGUGGAGGAGAAGGUUGGUAAUGAGACGGUCGAAGUGGAGAAGGCUGGUAAUGAGACGGUUGAAGAGGAGAAGGCUGGUAAUGAGACGGUCGAAGAGGAGACGGCUGGUAAUGGAACGGUUGCAGAGGAGAAGGCUGGUAAUGGAACGGUUGAAGAGGAGAAGGCCAAGGAAUCGGUAGAGGAGAAGAAGGCCGAGGAUAAACUUGUUGUGGAGGAGAAAAUCGCCAGGGCACUGGAGGAAACACCUAUGAAAACUGUGAAAUUGGUGUUUGGAGAAGAUAUUCGAUGGGCUCAAGUGCCAGUGGACUGCACUCUACUGCAACUGAGGGAGGCUAUACGUGAUCGUUUUCCGACCUGCCCGGCAGUCCUUAUCAAGUACAGGGACGAAGAAGGCGAUUUGGUAACCAUUACUGCCAACGAAGAAUUGCGAAUGGCUGAAACAGCUAAGGCGUCACAGGCUUCUGUUAGAUUUUAUAUAUUUGAAGUUAAGCCUGAACAAGAUCCAUUCUAUGAAAAGUUUAAGAAGGAUGAUGAGGUUGCCAAGUGUAAAGUUGAACAAAGUAGCAUCUUUGAGAAUGGCCAUUUAUUAAGAGCAAAAGAAAUAAAGACGUCCUCUUGCAUUGAUGACUGGAUAAUUCAAUUUGCUCAGUUAUUUAUAAACCAUGUAGGAUUUGAAUCAGGCCCAUGCUUGGAUCUCCAUGACCUUGGGAUGAAGCUUUAUUCUGAAGCUGUGGAAGAGACAGUAACAAGUGAAGAGGCUCAAGGUCUUUUCAAAUUAGCAGCAGAGAAGUUUCAUGAGAUGACAGCCUUAGCAUUGUUCUACUGGGGGAAUGUUAUCAUGUCAAGCGCCAGGAAGAAGGUCUACUUCACAGAUGGUGCUUCAAAAGAGCCUCUGUUUGAACAGGUAAAAUCUGCGUACGAUUGGGUCGAAAACGAAUACGUUGAAGCAGGAAGGAAAUAUCAAAUGGCAGUCGAAAUCAAACCAGACUUUUACGAAGGCUAUCUAGCUCUUGGGCAGCAACAGUUUGAGCAGGCGAAACUUUCUUGGCUUUAUGCAGUUAGCAGCAAUGUUGAUCCAAAAACGUUGCCUUGUACUGAGGUUCUGAAACUUUAUAACUAUGCCGAGGAGAGCAUGGAAACAGGCAUGAAAAUGUGGGAAGAAUGGGAAGAACAGCGUACUAGCGAAUUCUCUAAAACAAGCACCGUUAAAACCCAGUUGCAGAAGAUGGGAUUAGAUGGGCUGAUUAAGGAUAUAUCAGCUGAUGAAGCUGCAGAACAGGCUAAAAAUAUGCGGUCUCAUAUAAACCUCUUAUGGGGUACCAUGCUCUAUGAGCGAUCGAUAUUGGAAUUUAAGAUGGGGCUACCAGUGUGGCAUGAAUGUCUGGAAGUUGCAGUUGAGAAAUUUGAGCUUGCUGGAGCUUCUGCCACUGAUAUCGCUGUUAUGAUAAAGAAUCACUGUUCAAGCAACAACGCACAUGAAGGUCUUGGGUUCAAAAUUGAUGAGAUAGUUCAGGCAUGGAACGAGAUGUACGAAGCUCGAAAGUUGCUUACUGGAGUUCCAUCAUUCCGAUUAGAGCCAUUGUUUCGGCGAAGAGUUUCGAAAAUCUACCACGUGUUGGAGGAAGCUUGAUUAGAGCAUAUUUUCAGGAUUGUUUGGAGAGACUAGAAGGGAAUAGCGCCAGUUUUGCUUCUCCACGCAAUGAAACUGAAAACGAACAUUAUAGGUUUCAUUUCUUCUAUGAUGGCUGUGUCAAAAGAAGGUUUUCCAUUUCUGUUGCUAUUAUGCAUUCUUUCUCAAUACAAUCUUAAACCUGGGGACAAGAUGAAAUUGCAGGGACUUCCAUUUAAGCUAGUUUCUGCUAUCACCUUCAUCCUUUCUCGUCUCCUAAAGCAGUGUUCAUAGUAUUUUUAUGGUCAGUUGUUCGUUCAAGUGUCCUAGAUAACAAAUUCUUUCAUUGUUUCUUAUCCUGUUUUGUAAUUUAUGUUGUAAUCCCAUUUCUUUUGUAACUUUAAUAAUACAGGUAUAUGUAUAUUCAUUUAAGACAUUUAAUAAAUUCUAUUUCAUUUA